AUUUUCUCAAACAUCUUUAAGCUUCGCUCAGUAGAAAUGCAAAACUAUCUCAGCAUUAAUAAAAACAAGCCUCUCUGUUUUCAUUUUUAUUUCGCUGUCGUACGACGAUCGUGAAGGUUCAAUUUUUUUCUCGUUCCGGAGGCUCAAUUUGUAGAGAAAAUUUUUUUAUAGACCUAAAAUUUAUUUUGUGAAAAAAGUAAGAAAUGAUUCGUAGAGGACUUAAUGUGAAGACGAUGAUUUUUUUAGAGGAAAAAGUGGUAAAAUAAAAGUAGAUUUUUUUCCCCGUGCGCGAAAGAUAUCAAAAGUAGAUGAAUAAAAAUAAUCAUAAGUCAGUAAAUGAAGAGUGAAAAAAAAGAAAUUAUUUUGUGAAAUAAAACAAUUUUUUUACCAUACAAUCGUGAACAGUUAAGUGUUUUUAAGUACAACAAAAUUAAUUAAGAUUUUGAGCUAUAGUAAAAAUUUGUAAAAAUUAAAAUAGAAAGAGUGAUAAUCCAAAAAAUAAUAUAAUAAUAAAGAAUAACAUAGUGUUAAUUGAUAAGAAUUUAUUUUUGUCGACAGCACAAAAAAGGAACGAAUAUUAAAGUGUUGUUUGUGCUUCCGAAUGCUUUCAGGGCACACAAUUGUCACAUACAGACAGAUCAUCUUAUUCUUUGGCUUUAUGCAUUAACAGAUAUUGUAAACUGGAUUUUGGUUUUUUGUUUGUUGACGAAAGAGACUUGGUUUAAUACACAAUAGCAAUAAAGUAUAAGUUUGAACACAAACAAGUGGAUACAAGGUGGAAACAAGUUUAAUUCUACAAGUUCACAAGAAGAUACGAAAGAAGAAUGCUCUUGUCAAGCCAUUUUUAUCAGCAUAAUCAUCCGUUAAAUAUGUAUUAAUUUGUUUUCGUAAAAAAUACACGCGCUGAGGAACACACAACAAAAAAUUUAAAAUAUUUUUGUUUUGUGGUUUUCGUCGUAAAUUCAAAGAGCUGAAUAAAUAUUUUUCUCGGAAAUUCAAGUCCAGAUACAUGAAAGAUAAAAAUGAACAAAUUUUCAGUAAUAUUAAUUUGUUUGACAAUAUCUAUAACAACGGUCUUUGCUGAGCUAAAACCAUUCAACUACAAAUGUAACAAAAUUAAUGUGUUCGAGCGAGAUGCCUCUUUUCCUUCAAUCACAAAUCUUGAUUCAGUAAAUCUUAGAACAACACGUCGUGUAACACAUCAGCUAGUUUCACGAAUAUUUGCAAUAUAUCUAAAAGAUGUAAUGAACUAUGAUCAUCCUAUAUACCUGGAAAAUAUUGAUGAGUUUUUUGAAUCAAAGCAAGAUAUUGAUAAAUUAAUAGAUAAGCAAUUGGAAUGGUACAGCCUUUAUGAUAUAUCGAAUUUUAAUGAUAGAAGUGCAUCAAUUAAUUUAGAAAUAUGGAGGACACCAGAUCAUCAACAAAUGUUUCCAAGUACUGUCAUUGAGGCAAAUUCACUAAUUGAAAACGAUAUUGCACGUUAUGGCCUUUAUAUACCAAAAGAUUUAAAACCAAGUGCCAAAUUUUCAUACAAUAAUUUCAUUACAUCUGAUGGAAGUUACAAAAGGACUGAAAUAUUUUUCCGACUUGCUGAGGAGUCGGUAUUCUUGGAGAACAUCAAAAAAGAAGCACGCAUUCAUAUACCAUCGAAAAACAUUAACUAUGGACUUUACGUUCCUGAUCAUUGUAUUUCUGAUUCAGAACCAUGCGCUACUGUCUUUACUUCCCAUUAUUAUGAUACCAAAUUUUUCAUUCAACACAUUGAAACAUUAAAACUUAAAAUGAAGGUUUACUUUUUAGGAGAUAAUUUAAAACCUUCAAUACGAAAAUUAGUCAAUAUUAUUAAAGCUAGUAAAAAUUUAAGUUCAUCGAAGAAAAUAGACAAAUUGUUCUUGGUACUUCAUUGGACACCGUCUGAGAUCAUUGAUGGAAAUGACCAAUUUGAUGAAGUAACAAUGCCAAGAUGUGAACUUUAUAGAAAUGCAAAUAUUAGUUGUAAAUUUGAAGCUAAUUCAAUUGCUGUGUUCUUUAAUGAGAUUAUUUCAAAGGAGAGUGAGGACCUGAAGGGUAUAUUAAGCAACUUCAAAUUUGAUUCUUUAAAGCCUUUAAUAAAGCUUUACGAGAAAGAAUAUUUAAAUAUUGAAAAAAUUCGCAACAUGAAUUUAUUAUCCACUGAUCUAAAAGGGAGUACAAAUGAAGACACAACAAUUGAUGAUAUUUUAAAUAGAAUAGCAUGUACAUGGUUGGGUGAAAAUAAGCAAGUUUAUGGAUCUUCACCUGAACAUCGUUGGUAUAAUCCAGUAGCUGAUACAGAAAUUCAAAUUGGUGGAAUUUAUCCCGUACAGAAUUCAGGACAAGAGUAUAAUGGAAUACAAACAGCAUUAGAUAUGGCAAGAGAGGAACUUGAAGAGAAUCCCGAAAUAAAGAAGCUAUUUCCAAAUUAUAGUAUAAAAAUAAUGAGUAUUGCAUCCGAAUGUAAACCUGACUUGGUUUUACGUAAAUUCAUAAGCUUUUAUUCUCAUCGACAAAAUUUAAUUGGUGUUUUGGGACCUGCGUGUAGUGAAGCUAUCGAGCCAAUUGCAGCAAUAUCAAAACAUUACAAAUUGAGUGCCAUUACAUACAGCGCUGAAGGGAUUUCGUUUGAAAAUCGCGAUAAUUUCCCAUAUUUCUAUAGAACGAUUGGCGAAAACAGACAGUACGAAGAUGUCUAUUUUAAAUUAUUCAAAAAGCUUGGAUGGCAGAGAGCUGCAGCAAUCACAGAAGAUGGACAGAAAUACACAGAAUACAUUACACGAAUGGAGCAUAAUGACACAAUUAAAAUAUUAAGCAAUAAAAAGUUUCCGCGUGAAAAUGAUGAAAGGAAGCAAGCCGAAAGAUUCGAAAAAGAUCUUAAAGAUUUGAGAGAUAAUUAUCAUGCACGAAUCAUUAUCAGCGAUAUUCACGAUCAUACUAUUAUGAAGACAUUAAUGUGCACUGCAAGCAAAUUAAAGAUGACACUACAGCAUGGCUUCGUGUGGUUUUUACCAGUUUAUGUCACACUUAAAAUGAAUGAAUCCAGUGUUAUGGACAAUAACAUUUCAUGCACGGCGAAUGAACUGAGAGAAGCGUUAAAUGGACAUUUUUCAAUGUCCUACGCAGCUUUUGGUAACGAUUAUGAUAUUUUACCUACAAAUAUGACAGUUAAAAAUUGGACAGAUGAAUACAAAAUGAAACGAAACAUUCAGACUUUAUCGCCAUCCGAUUAUGCACCUUAUGUUUACGACGCAAUUUGGGUGUACGCAAAAGCAAUAAUGCAGCUGAUUAAAGAAGAUGAGAUGGGCAAGAAUGCAACAAAAUAUUGGUAUAUGAAGAAUUUGGACAAAGAUCAAACAAUGUUGCGACUCGAACAGAUCCUCAAUGAAACCAGUUUUCAAGGAGUGUCAGGAAAAAUUGAAUUUAAUUCAGCUGGCUCUAGAUACACAAAUGUAAGCGUCUUGCAAUGGCAAAAGAAUAACUUUGAAGUUGUUGGAAUGUACAGACCUAAAAUAUUCGACAAGUCAUCAAACGAUGGUGAUUUUGAAUGGUUUGAAAAAAUGGUACAGUGGGGAUCAGAUGAAGUACCAGAUGAUGGGAAAGAGACAUGUGCCUUGAUGUUCUUAGCUAAUGCAAUUAAUAUCGAAUGUAGCACAAUUAAUACAUCCAUAAUAGUUAUCCUAUGCAUUCUGAUCGUCUUUGCAUGCUCAGGCUUCUCAUUCCUAUUUUGGAAGCACAAAUAUGCGAAAAAACUUGAAGAAUCUGCACAGAUCAUGAUGAAUUACGGACGUGUCGUGAAUGGAAUUGAAUUAUCAAAAUGGGAAAUUCCUCGAGAAAAUGUCAUUAUUAAUCGUCGGAUUGGUGAAGGCGCAUUUGGCACCGUCUACGGUGGUGAAGCUUUAAUUAAUGAAGAUGAUGGAUGGAGACCAGUUGCAAUUAAAACUUUAAAAGCUGGAAGUACGCCAGAAAAUCGACUAGAUUUUUUAGCUGAAUCUGAAAUCAUGAAACGAUUCGAUCACAAGAAUAUCGUAAAAUUGCUAGCUGUUUGUUUACAAAAAGAGCCUCUUUGUAGCGUGAUGGAAUUUAUGCUAUAUGGCGAUCUAAAAACUUAUUUAUUAUCACGUAGACACUUAGUCGACGAUAGAGCAAAUGAGGAUACAAAUGAUAUAAGUCCAAAACGAUUGACUUUAAUGGCACUUGACGUCGCACGUGGACUCAGUUAUCUUGCAAGCUUAAAUUUUGUUCAUCGAGAUAUUGCAUGCAGAAAUUGCCUGAUAAAUGCACAACGAAUUAUUAAAAUUGGUGACUUUGGUAUGGCUCGUUCAACAUGUGAAAACGACUAUUAUCGUUUUACGAGAAAGGGAAUGCUACCGAUUCGUUGGAUGUCUCCUGAGUCUAUAGAUGGAGGUAUGUUCUCGCACGCAUCUGAUGUUUGGUCAUUCGGUGUUUUCCUUUAUGAGGUUGUCACAUUGGGUGGAUUCCCAUACCAAGGACUGAACAACAAUCAAGUUUUUGAGCUUGUCAAAUCAGGAGAAUCAAUAAAAAUACCAGCUCAAUCGAAGCCGCCACUCAAAGCACUGAUGUCAUCAUGUUUCAAUAUUGAUCCAAAGAAGAGACCAGGUGCUUCAACCAUAGUUGAAUUCAUUACAAAUUAUCCGCGAAUGUUGACACCAUGCAUGAGUGACAUACCGAAACCAAACUUGGAUGAACAAGUGAAUCUCAUCGAUAGCGACAUAAAUGAAGAUUUUGAUUUCGAUCCAUUAAUAGAGAAUCGUGAACGAUCACAUACACCUGCUGUAACAAUAGACUUUCUCAGACCCUCAGCCUCAUCAUCAGCAUUACAGAAUCAGACGAGAAAUCAUGAAUUUGAUUAUCUUGAUAUGAAACUACCAAAACGUUUGAAUGGCAUUUACAACUUCACUCCAGACUUAACAUCAACACUGCCUAAUGGCAACUACUAUAAUCCGAUCCAGCCACUACUAAAUAGUCCAAGAUCUACAGAAAUAUCAAAGAGUACACUAAGUUUAAUGAAAUAUGUGCCGAUGUGUUUCAAUAAAAACAAAAAUCGAUCAUCGCCCGAAGAGUGCACCAGUGCAUUAUGAAUGAUCAAGAAUUUCAAUAAUUUUUCUCCUGUGGAUGAAAAAUACGCAAACUAUAAAAAUUUAUUUUUCUGAAAGACCUUGAAAUUUAUGAGAUUUUUCACGUCUCAAACAUUUUUUUUUUUAUAUUGUAUUUAUAAAAUUAUUUUGUUACUAGACUUUAAGCGAUCUACCAAGUGAAUUUUAUUUAUUAUUUUUCUUUGGAUCAUCGCACGAAAUUGCUAAGCUCUCAUAUGAAAAUAUACAUUUUAUAUUGUUUUCUUGCCAUUUAGAUUUAAGAAGAAACAUUUUUUUUUUGUGAAAAUGAAAUUGAUUAGUAUGGAGGACUAAGACACAUAUUUUAAGGUUCGUAUUAUGCAAGUGAAUUGAUUUUUGGGACCUUUGUUGGUUUUGGAACAGAAUGAUGAAAUAUUUGGAUGAAUCUCCACUAUCCGAACCACAGCAUUUAAUAAAAUUCAAACCAUACGAAAGUGGAACAAAAAUAUCAAUUCAUUCGCAAAAUACGACUUGAAAAUACAUAUAAGGCCAUUGCAUUUAUUCAAAUGAAAAUAUGAGAAUCUGAUUCUUUUGAUCAUCUUGAUUUUAGAAAUCUAUAAAAAGUGCAAUGCAAAAAAUUAGAAAUCUUCAAACAUCAUUUGAUUGACAAAAAAUAGGAAUUUAUUUAAGUAGAAUGAUAAUCUUUUUCAUUAAUUUAUUCGCAAUACAAGAAAUGCAAUUAUCAAAAAGACUGAAAAUUACUGAUAGAAAUUUGUCAUUGUAUAUAGACCUAAAUAAAAAUUAUUUAUUGUUUGUGAAAUGUUAUUUUUUUCUUCUGAGAUAUGUAACACUGAAUAUACAAAAUAAAUAUGUCAUGAUAAAUCAUGAAAAUAAGAAGUGUUUAAAG